UUUUACUUCGGAUAUAUAAUUAUAUACGUGUUAAUAAAAUAAUAUAACAUGAAACUUUCGGUGAUAUUCGUUUUAAUUCUUGUAAGUCGUAUUAAACCAGAAAGAACCAAUAACAAACCUCGCUUAAAGCUACCUAUUGGUGAAUACCGAAUCGACAUCAAAAAAAUUUACAGUUGCAAUACCACGCGUCAAAAUGAUAUACAUGCAAACUAUUAUUUAAAUAAAACGUCUGACAAUUCAAAGGAAAUUAAAGGAAAUUUAUCACUAUUAAUGCCAUUUGAUGACAACCUUUCUAUGGAUAUUAAUUUUUCCGUUAGAGGAGCUGACGGAGAUUGGAAAAACAAUACAUAUAUAUUCCAUGCAGAACAAGCAUUUACAAAAACAAAGAACUUGAUGAGUAAAAUUGAUACUAGUGGAUUAGGAUUUAAUUUAAAACACCCCGUACCCGUGGGCUUUUACGUUGCAACGGGGUUCAAUGUAUCAAACUUGGAUAAUCUCAAUUAUAUCCCUAAGGAAUUUGCUUAUGGAUUAUAUAAGAUUCGGUAUAUUUUAACAGAUAAAAAACAUCAACAUUUUGGUUGUUUUGUAACUAUAAUUCAAUUAAAACGACCUUCGGAAAUAAUUUGAUGUUUUAAUACAUUUUAAUAAUUUUAGAUUAGGUAUGUUAUUAAAAAAGAAAUAUUUUCACUCGUUGGUUUACGUUUAUUUCAAUAUUAUGGCUGGACUAUUUUUUGGUUGUGGUUAACUGUUUUACGAUUAAUUGAUAUGAUUGAUAAUAAAUUAUGUUUUGCAACAAAUAAUUUGGGUGUUAUUUAUUCAGUUUAAAAUUAAUUUAUUACUUUAUUAGUUUAAUAUAUACCUAUAUCAAUAUAUAAAAUUUAAUUUUGUAAUAAAUGUGCAUUUUUAUCUGUUAUUAAAAAUGUUGUAUUUUUACCUCAGUAUAAAUGAUGAGUGUGUAAUCGUUUUGCUACAAUUAUUGAUUUUUCAAUUUUAAACGGAGGUAAUUUAUUGUUUGAGUCACUUCCUCAA